AUGAAUAAGGACAAGACUCCGCAACAUCUUCAGGGCAUGUUCUACAACCCCGACACCUACCGUUGGGAAGGCAACGAAAAUGUCUUGAACGCGUUCGACCCACCCGCAUCGUCCCCAUCGCCAACAUCGAUGCCGCCACACGUGGUGCGAGAUAAAGAAUCUUCCUCUACGCCUCGGCCGGCUCUGAUCACGAACAUAAGCCACACGAAGGGCGUGCAGGUUGUGGGCGGCAUGGUCUUCGACCCACAGAACAUGUGCUGGCUCAAGCUCGGUCCGCAGACGAAUACCAAGUCUGAGAUACCCGACCCCAUGGACGGCUUCAAUGCUUUGGACGAUGAUGAGGACGUCUUCAAGGACAUUCCCGAUCUCGAUGACAACCCAGGCGACUCCAAGGAACCCGGUCGCGUCAGCGAAGUCAAGGACGAGUGGCUCGUCGGGGAAGAAUUCGAUGUCGGUCCUGAGUUCGUCCGGAGACAGCGCGAAGAAGAAGACCGGUGGCGAAAGAAAUGCGAGAAGUGGCUCGGUGUCGGUGACCGAGACCGCGAAGCUGCGAGAUGGGCGAUCCGUGACAUCCUACUUCAUCAGAGGGCUGCCCAGUAG